AGGCAGCCCGCCAGCGCGCCCCAAUUGACGAGAAAAGAGCCCCAAACCCUCAUAAUGCGAUGAAGACGUAGCUUCACUGGGGUCCCCGUCUUCGCAUUGGGGAGUAUCAUGCUCGGCGGUUUGGUGCGAUGCACCUGCUAGGAAGGACCCAAAGGUCCCCACCGUUCCUGGUCCUCCGGGCGUGGGCCCCCCUCCUGGAGGGCUCGGGGCCCUCUUCUGGGCGGUCACGGCGGGCGCCCCGCGCCCCGCGCCCGAGAUGCACGGCGGGGGCGCGGCGCGGGGCCUCGGGCCGGAGGGCGCGCGGGACGACGACGAGCUGCCGCUGGAGCAGCUGCCGCCGAUGCCCGCCAGGGGAGUUGCCUACUGGGUGCAGACUGCCAGCGGGCUGGGCAUCGGGGGCUCCCUGAUGGCAGCGUACAACAUCGCGAUAGACUUCGCCGUCGCCCACGCCGACGAGGGAUCUUCUUUGUCGUGGUGGAGCGCCUUCGUCCUCGCCCCGCUCACGCGGGCCGCCUCCAUCGUCGCGGCGUGCUGCACGCUGCGGCUGCUGGCGGGCCGCUCCGGGGUGGUGCCGCGCUCGAAGGCCACCUGCAGGCCCAUGCCCGCAGAAGUGAAGCGCCUGCUGCGGGCGGGCGAGGGCCUGCGGGGCAUGUCCAACGUCACGGGCGAGGGCCCGGACGGCUGGGGCUCGUACUGCGUCCGCUGCCUGGUGUGGCGUCGGGCGUCCGCGCAGGAGCCCGGGGCUCCCCGGUCGCACCACUGCAGCGUCUGCCAGAGGUGCGUGGAGGGCUUCGACCACCACUGCCGGCUGCUGGGCCGCUGCGUGGUCAGAGGGAACAUGAUCUUUUUGAGGACAGUCAUUACGUUGAUGAUGGCCGGGAUGGUCAACGUCUUCUUGGCUGGUUUCACGGCUGUGCCUGAAGAGUUGUUGAUGUCUGGGACUCUGCACGCAGUUUUUUGCUGUUUGUUGGCCGUUUAUGUCUGCUGCGUGUCGUGCGUGACCACCUGCAUGUUCGCAUUCGCCGAGCCGUAGGCAGGCUCAGCCGCACGCGGGCGUCAUUGCGGAUCCGCGGGGGAGGAACAGCAGGCUUGCCACCGCCCUACAGUAUUUAUCAUGUUGCUUCUGCUUGGGCCCAUCAUCUCCUCCAUGUCCUGUCCUGGCUCGGAAUCUUCAGGGCGGUAUACCAGGGGUGGCCACCUCCACAGGAUAAACAUCUCCCUUCUCAGUUCGCCAUGGAGGCUCUCAAGGCUGCGAUGCUCUCGCGUCAGCGCAGGCCGCGAUCCACACACAGUGGUGCACUCGCGAUGGCGCUGGUCACACUCCUAGCUUCGAGAGAAGGGGCGUUUUCGGCCCAGCGCCAGUAGCAUUCACAGCGCGGAGAGACGCUUCCGCCACGAUGCUGGACACAGUCCUAGAGUUUUGCUCCGACCUCGGCGCCAGCCAAUUGUCAGCCUCAGGACGUUUCAUGUCGGCGCCUGGCGCACUCCCAGUGCAGAGUGCUCACAGUGUAGCGCCAACCGUACUCGCAACUCAGAGGUACAGAGGUGUAGAGAUAUACCAACAGCACAAGUAGAAAUAUACUCCGGCA